AUGAAGCCUGGUAAAAACAUUAUCUACAUACGUGGUGGCAUUAUCUACCAUGGAAAUGAAGCUAUCCAAGCAAAAAAGGAAGUGGAAGCCAAAAAGCUGGCAGAUGAAAUAAAAUCUUCGCUCGAAAAUAUCGCAACUGGCAUCAGCGAUCAAAUUGAUGAGGAGGAUUCUAGCGAUGAUGUCGAUGACACCUUGGGCUCGGAUGAAGAAGAGAGCUUCAAGUGUAGUGUAUCCAAAGAAGAAAAUGACAUCCGGAAAGUUAAUCUUAAGGGAGAUACUAGGAGAAAAGCUUGUGCCACUGUGAUCGGAAAACGCAAUGAAAUCGAAAACUUCACCAUUGCAAGGGAUAAUGAUACUUUUGGAUGCAUAAACAUGACUGGUGUACACAAUGAAAUCGGAAAUUUUACAAAAAUGAGGGAUACAAGGACAUCCCUGUCUGCAGAGCUUAUCGGUAGACAUAACGAAGUUGGAAAUUGUGUAAAAGGGAGGGAUACACAGGCGAGUUUAUCUGCAAGAAUGGUCGGGAUACAUGAUGAAAUCGAGAAUCAUAAAAGAAUGAGGGACACCAAGUCAGCUGUAUGUGCUGAUGUGACCUUGAUACACAAUGAAAUAGGAAACGUCGUAAAAGCGAGGGAUACUGAGUCACUUUUAUGUGCAGAAAUAGCCGGGGUGCAUAACGAAAUCGAUAAUGAUAAAAAGACGAGAGAUACCAAGACGCGUGGAUGCUUCAAAUUGACCGCGAUACAUAAUGAUAUAGGGAAUUAUAGAAAAUCAAGGGAUACAAAGGUUUCUGACAGUGUCGAAGCGACUUUGGUGGAUAAUAAAUUUGGUAACUAUACAGAAUCAAGAAAUAAUGAAUCAACUCGAUGUGCGAGUGCGACUUUCAUGCGCAAUAAAUUUGGUAAUAUUGAUAUAUCAAAGAGCAACAAGUCAGAUAAAUGCAUAAAUAGGACUGCAAUAGAGAACAGCGCAUUUAAUUUGGAAAUCACUGAAGGUAGAUCUGGCACUUCGGCUAAUAUGACUGGGACAGGUGUGAGUGCUUGCAACAUACGUGUGAGCAAACCAUCAUGGGGUGUUGACUUUGGUGUCAGUGGACAAUUCUCUUUUCUUAAUUUGGAUAUUGGAACUCGCUUACAACUUGGUAGUGAAGAAAAUAGUAAAGGCAAAGGCAGUGAAGAAAAUAGUGAAUGCAAUAGUAAUAGUGGUAAAGAAAGUGGUGAAGGCAAAAGUGGUAAAGGAAAUGGUGAAUGCAGAGACAGUGAAGAAAAUGGUGAAGGCAAAGGCAGUGAAGGAAAUGGUGACGGAAAAGGUGGUACAGAAAAUGGUGAAUGCAAAGGUGGUGAAGAAAAUGGUGAAGGCAAUGGUGGUGAAGAAAAUGGUGAAGGGGAAGGGGAAGGUAGUGAAGAUAAUUUUCAAGAUGGUUCUGGACAAAAUGGUCUUGGACAUUGCUCUCAAGAUGAUGGUUUUGGAGACAAUUGUAGCACUCAAAAUAAUGAUGACCUUGGAAAUGAGAAUGAUUUUGCAGAUGGUGAGAGUUAUUAUUAUUAUUAUGGUUUACUUGACCAUGAAGAUAACUUGGAAAACAAUAGUUUUGAAAGAAUUGAAAAUAAUGUUGGUGAUGAGGCCAGUAAUGUGGGCCAUUCUAAUUCAAAUGUUCCUGGAAAUUGUGAAAGCAAUUUUCUUAAUGAAGAUUAUUUUGGCACACAAGUACAAGAGGAAAACUGUCUAAAUAAUAGCAAUAAACACAUAUUAAUAUUGGAUACUGAUGAUGAUAUACUUGCUAGUAAUGAGAGUUGCUUGUCACAUGUUGAUAUUAAUAAUCAAGAUACUGUGAGCAGUUGCAAGAGAAGUAGCUUGGAUGCCAAUCCAAAUGAAAAUCAUUCUCAUGAUGAUGAACAGAGCAAUGUAGUACUUGAGAACCAUAGUAAUACUGAGCAUCAUUUUCCCUUUAUUGGUAAUCCCACAAUCAAAUGGUAUUGCAAAAAGGAAGACUGA